AUGGAUCCAUAUACUGGUGAAGUUCGGAGACACACUCCUGAACAGGGGUAUGAAACGUGUGAGACUUUCUUUCCACAGCGUCUUCCACAGGCUUUGCUAAACUUAGAUUUUCAGGUUGGUAAAAAUACAGUUUAUUAUGGGUAUGUGAAAGAUAAGGUCUCUCCACAGCUAGCGAUGAACUUGACCGUGCUAUUCUUGAACGUAUGA